AUUUUCUUUUUUAGUGCCCGCUUCUUCUUCUUCAAAAAACUCCAAAAAUAAAUUUGAAUAACAUAACAAGUGUGUUCAAAAUUAAACUUUCAGCUGGAGUUACUUGAAGUAUGUCACACUCACGUCACCAAGGUUUUUGAAAAAAAAAAGAGAUUCACAUCCUUGUUUUAGAUGAAAUUGUAUGAAGUAAAGUGAUGGUGAAAAGCGAUUUUUCUUUUCAGAUCUUUGCAAAAAACAGAUACUUGCUUCCUGUUUUGAAUGCAACCAACGCGAAAACCAGUUACAAUUUAUAGUUUUUUGUACAAUUAUAUAUAUUUAUUCGAGGAAUUUACUUACUACAAGUCUGCAAAAUCAAAUAAAAUGUCACACCAUACUUGAAAAAUUCAAAAUUUUGAAUAAUGUGCUCUUCUCUCUGGUUAAGCUCCAACCACAUUGCUGGGCACAUCGGAUUCUUCCUAUCAGUUUCCCUAAACCUUACAGUUUUGUUUUUGAUCAGCGAAAUGCCGAGAAAAGUGUUCGGAAGCUAUAAAUACCUGAUGUUUGCAUUCUCAACGGUUGGAAUAAUAUUUUCUUGCUGUGAUUUUGUCACCGACCCGAACUUGCACAUCACAAAAACCUCUUUUAUACUGUUCACUAUUCUUGAUGACUCCGGCUUUUCCAAGUUUACAGGGCUGAUAUCUUUAGUAUUUUCCUGCUCAUUUUACGGAAUGAUAAUGACUAUGCUAGCAAUUCAUUUUCUAUAUCGGUACGUGUCAGUAGUUCGGCCAUCGGAUAUUGAAAUAUUUGCCCCAAAACGUUUCCAUUUGUGGGCUCUCCUACUCAUUUCAAACUUUGCCACAUGGUUUUUCUGCUUCUACUACUUAAAUGGACCAUCUGAAAUGAAGGAUGAAGAAUUGAUUCCGGAAUUUAUGGAAGCUUACUGUCUACAACCAAAUGAAUAUACCUACACAGGACCUCACUACUACUACACGGACCAUUCAACUGGAGAAUGGAAAUUCCAUAUCCCGUCAUUUAUCGCUGAAGGAUACACAGGUGGCACUAUAGUUUUAACUAUAAUUUCUGUAGCAUACUUUGGUCACCAAACCUACCAACAUCUCUACAAACUUGGAACAAUGACAAGUGUGAAUUAUCGGGAGGUUCAGAAGCAAUUAUUCAAAACUCUAGUGGUUCAAACAAUAUUCCCAAGUAUCUUUUUAUUUUUCCCAGUUUCCUGUUUGGUAUUAUUCCCGCUUUUUGGAAUAAGAAUCGGCGAAGAUGCUAAUUUAAUAAUGAUCUCAUUCUCCAUCUACCCAUGUUUCGAACCGCUGGUGGCAAUAUGUUGUAUUAAAAGUUUUCGAAAGCGGAUACUUGGGGAGUAG